AUGAAAAAUUUCUUGGAGGAUCUGGUACAAGCUUCUUUUACUACUUUUGGGGAGAAAUUCUGUCAGCAGUUCUCGGACAGGUUGGGUAAGAUUGAGACUGAGGUUACACAACUCAGGACAGCUUCGGAGAGAACUGAGCAAUUUGAGACAGUUGUAACCGACAGAUUGGGGAAAAUUGAGGCUGAGGUUACACAGCUCAGGACAACUAUAGUGGUGACUAAAUUGGUGGGAAAGAGUGAUCAAGCAAGCGGUCCUAGCAUGACCAAAAUCAACAGUGGUCCUAGCACCAGCAAAAAAGGCACUGCUCCAUCAAAGAAAAAGGCUGUAAAAAACCAAGUGUUAAAGACUGCUGAUUCGUGUGUCAAUUUACCUCGUGCAAAAGUUACUCAAGCAUCAGCUAGUGAUCUUCGUAUGGGUACACAAAAGUUUUUGGAAAGUUGCAUGAAGAACCUUCCAUUAGACACAUUUGUGAAAGGUUUGAAUCCUUCUCAAGCUAAAGUCGAAGAUUCAUUGGAUUGGUUGGAACUUUCAAAAUCAUUGAAGAAGCCAACAGAUUCAUUGGAACUUCUAAAAUCAUUGAAGAAGCCAGCGGUCCGAUUAGAUGACCGAGAUAUAGAGCUAGACGGCGAAGAUUUCCCUGAUCGCUGCUUGGUGUUUGUGCAUCCUACAGAUUUUAAGAAGAUGCAGGACUGGCAAGAUACACGAACAGUUAUACAGAUUGGUCCAUCUAUGUUAGACGGUGAUCUAGCCGGACGUAUUAUGUCUGCCAGCAGUUGGCUUAAAAACUACGAAAUUGAUGCUAUAAUGUAUGUUUUUCGGGAAAGAACAACAUUGAAACGAUGGAACGUAGACCGUGUUGCUUUCAUGACAUGCGUCUUCAGCGACCUCAUUGCUAAGGAUUACCAGAAUUUCUGUAAGGGUAUUAAGAAAUACACUAUGGAUCCAUUAUUACUGCAAUACGGUAAAGGUGAACUGCCUUCCCAUGGAAAAACACGGAUGCUGUGGAAUGUCGAUGUGGAUCGGAUGUACGUUCCUGUCUGGGAAGUGGAAGCUUUCGCGCAGUUUAUUCCUCGGAUUGUCAAGGCCGUGCAGUCAUUGACAAUACAGAAGCAUCUCCACAUCACUCCGUACAAUGUUUCCUAUGUACCUAUGAGUGGUCUUAACCGACUUCAAUGUCAUUGUGGUGUGUACACUAUAAAACACAUCGAAUGCCACGUGCUUGGGUUGGACAUAUCUAUGGUGAGUGAUGAGAACAUCUGGGGAGCUCGAAUAAAGAUUAUGUGGGAUCUAUGGGAAGCAGCUAAUGAUCUAGAACUGAUUGAGAGAAUGUCAAAGUAUGAACCUAUUAAGUGUAGUAAGCCUACCGAGUAUGUUGAGAUUGAUGAUUUAUGA